GGUGGGCCUAGCGGGGGCUGCCUCGGCGUCCCCUCUGGUCCGUGAGCCCCGGGGCGGGCGGCCCAUGGAGAAGGCCGGGGGCCGCGGCGGCCCACGGGGGCCCGUGCUGCACAUCGUGGUGGUGGGCUUCCACCACAAGAAGGGCUGCCAGGUUGAAUUCUCCUAUCCUCCCCUGAUCCCAGGAGAAGGCCAUGACAGCCACACCUUACCCGAGGAGUGGAAGUAUUUGCCUUUUCUUGCCUUGCCUGAUGGAGCUCACAACUAUCAGGAAGAUACCGUGUUUUUCCACCUGCCCCCCAGAAAUGGAAAUGGAAUGACAGUGUAUGGUGUCUCUUGCUACAGACAGAUUGAAGCCAAGGCACUCAAAGUAAGACAAGCGGAUGUAACCAGAGAAACUGUCCAGAAAAGUGUCUGUGUUCUAAGCCAACUGCCUCUGUACGGUUUACUCCAAGCAAAACUCCAGCUCAUUACUCACGCCUAUUUUGAAGAGAAGGAUUUUUCCCAAAUUUCAAUCCUGAAGGAACUCUAUGAGCAUAUGAAUAGUUCCUUGGGAGGCGCUUCCAUAGAAGGGUCCCAAGUGUACCUCGGUCUUUCCCCCCGAGAUCUGGUCCUUCAAUUUCGACACAAGGUCUUAAUCCUAUUUAAGCUGAUUCUUCUGGAGAAAAAGGUUCUGUUUUAUAUUUCUCCAGUGAAUAGAUUGGUUGGGGCACUAAUGACUGUGUUAUCCCUUUUUCCAGGCAUGAUCGAACAUGGCCUCCGGGACUGCUCGCAGUACAGGCCCCGAAAGAGCCUAUCUGAGGACACUGGGCUCCACCAAGCUACCCCACCUGCAGAUGACUGCGUUUCUGAGUCUGCGUCUGACAUUUCAACUACAAAUUCAGGAAUGGGCAAGAAAAAAGUGUGUGGGAAUCCUGGAGGGGAUGCCCCAGAGGCAGAUGGGAUUAUGUCCCACACAGUAAAAGACAUCAGCAGUGCCCCAGCGUCCAAUGGCCCUGGUCAGCCUGUGAGAUUUGCUGUGCACAUGGACCCCAAGACAUCAGAAAACGAAUGGGAGACCCUGGACCCUGGCAUCUUAGAGGGCACUAGCAUGAAGGAAAGGGAACAGGUGAGGCCUAAACAGAGAGACUUCCUUCUGAGAGACCAUGUGCCCUUGGACAGCCCUCCAAUUACCGUGCAGCCUCAAGCUAACCUGGGGCAGGUGGUGUUCGUGCCAGGACUCAUCUCUGGUUUGGAAGAGGACCAAUAUGGCAUGCCGCUGGCCAUCUUCACCAAGGGCUAUCUCUGUUUGCCAUACAUGGCCCUGCAGCAGCAUCACCUCCUCUCCGAUGUGACCGUCCGAGGAUUUGUCGCGGGGGCGACCAACAUUCUUUUUCGGCAACAGAAGCACCUCAGUGAUGCCAUUGUAGAAGUAGAAGAAGCGGUCGUGCACAUCCAUGAUCCAGAACUGAGGAAGAUUCUGAGCCCAACCACAGCUGACCUGCGAUUUGCUGACCAUUUGGUGAAGCACGUGACCGAGAACAGGGAUGACGUGUUUCUAGACGGCACAGGCUGGGAGGGAGGCGACGAGUGGAUCCGGGCACAGUUUGCAGUCUAUGUCCAUGCCCUGCUGGCUGCCUCACUACAGUUAGAUAAUGAAAAGACGCUAUCAGACUACGGGACAACCUUUGUCACAGCCUGGAAGAAUACACACAAUUACAGGGUCUGGAACAGCAACCGACAUCCGGCUCUGGCAGAAAUAAACCCAAACCACCCCUUCCAGGGCCAGUAUUCGGUGUCAGACGUGAAGUUGAGAUUCUCACACUCUGUCCAGAACAGUGAACGCGGUAAAAAGAUUGGAAAUGCCAUGGUCACAACAAGCCGGAAUGUGGUACAAACCGGAAAAGCUGUCGGCCAGUCCGUUGGAGGAGCUCUCUCCAGUGCAAAGACGGCCAUGUCCUCAUGGCUCUCUACUUUGACCCAGUCAGCCACGCCAGGUCUCACGGAGCCACCAGAUGGGAAGCACUGAGAGCAGACAGUGCUUGGCCUGCUCACCGGCCGGAUGUCGUAAAGGGCUGCUCUCUUUGCGCUUACAAAAAUGUGAAUGAAUGUGGCCUACUUUGGAAGUAUGAAAGAACGACCAUCAUGAUGUUGCUAUGUAGAAUGUUUGUCUCAAUUGACUACUUUUAUUUAAAUCUGAGCCUAAUUCAUCCAAACUAGGAAACGGACCAUGUGAUGGUUUUGAUUUUCUGAUUUUGUACAUUUGUUUGUCUAUAGAAGUUGCUUAUGUAAAUUAUAGUCAUGUUUUACCUCUUGGAUAGACAAGUGCAUAUUCUAAUUUGUUCAUUAAAAAUAAUAUUAUAUAUUGAUUCCUCUCAAACUGGGUCCAGAAAUGUUAUCUGGCCCUUGGCUUUAUAAGUUUUGAGCCCUUUUCUGUUGGGAUUUUUUCUUAUUUUAUUUUAUUCUAAAUUAAUUUAAGCAGAGGUAUAGAUUUAUAAUUACAUGACAAGGGUAUAAAUUGGUGGUUGUUUUCCACCUACCAUGUCUUUCCUUCCCCCAAUUCAAUCACACUUGUUCACUUGCAGCUCAAAGAAGAUGGUGGGAAAAGAUGGGGUUUUUAAAGUUAAUCUUAUAAUCCUUGAAAACUUGUUAUAUCACUGGCACCCUUCUCUGUCUGCACUCCUCCCCCCCCCGACCUUGCUUUUCCUAAUUCAGUCCCAGAAGGUAAGAAGGUCAGGGCUACAUUCAAUUGAUUGAAAUCAUGCCCAUGCUGUUGGAAACCUUGUUUAAAACCCUGGGCAGCACUUUUCAAGAUGGCUGCUAACCCUAGUCAUGCUACUCUUCUGUAUAUCACUCACAGAUGUCUAACUCGGUGCCCUCUCUUCUCUCCCUUUGCACGUUUUGUCCUGUUGGUGUUUUGCCUGGGUUUUUGUUCCUCAAACAGCAUUUCUUCCUACAGGUUCCUGGCCCUUCUCCCUUCCCAAAUGAAAGUCAUUUUAAGGUAUUGCCUCCUUAAUGUGUUUUUAGGAGAGAAAAGAGUUCUGUGUAAAACAGGAAUGCUGUCUGAGCACCAAUUUGAAUAAUGUUGAGAUUGAAGCCAGGGGAUAGAAGGGAAGGUUGCCGGCCUCUCACUAAGGCAGCUUCAUGAAACAGAUCUGGCCAGAUGUCAGGCUUGUGCAGAGGCCCGUGUGAUGCUCUACUUGCCCCUAAAGGCUUUGACAUCACCUCGUCCCCUUUCUGACUAGCCCAAGAGGCUCUGGGAGAACCGUCUUCAGGGGCUGAGUCUCGAGGACAAGUUGAAUCAACAUUUUAGUAAAACACCCUCUUGUAUGUAGUACUACGCCAACACGAGUCAUAAGGUCAUGCGAAGGAGCACUUGACUAGCCCUUGGUUGAAAACAGUCAUUGGAUUUCUCAGUUCUUUAGUGAGAGGCUGGACUCUUGUUGCCCUCAGACACAUGGUAACUGCUCCUGUCCAUACUGCUCCUGUGGACUCUCCAUCUGAUCAGGGGUCUUCUUCCUGCCAGUCCUAUCCUUGAUUGCAGGAAGAGACUCCAGGUGUGCGGAUGGUGACUGAUAAAGGCCUGGCCCACUGGAGGCAGUGUGUCGGCCACCUGUCACCUUUCCUGCCAGGGAGCAAGCAGCCCACGUGGCCUCCCCCCCAGUAGACUGGGAAGAGAAAGCCACAGCAGUUCCCCCAAGAAGUGAGUUGCAUGAGUACAGCACCGAGACCCUUGGUGUUCUCACUGGAGGCGUCUUCUUCACAAGCAAGGGCCCAUUGGGAGUUUCCCAAGUACAGUCCACCAUCGCUCCUUAAACCCUGCACGCUCCCCUGGGCCAGAGGGUCAGUAUUUUUGUCCAGAGCUGUCUUUGGAUGGAAGACUGGGCUGGAUGAGCCAGGCUUGCACUGAGGGACCCUCUGGUCUGCAGUGACUCUUGGGGGGGGGGAUCUGAGCUCUGCCCAAGUAUGAUCUGUUCUCGCUUGGAAUAUGUAGCUCAGAGGAACUGUCUGUCGGUGUUUCAGUGAAGAGCAGUCGAGGUCUUCUAAGGAAAGACCCUCAUUUAACGGAUUGAACAUGAGCCAUGGGCAGAGGGGGAGGGGCAACGCCAAAUGUCGACGUGAGCUUUGCUGUCAGACGACUUGUUUCCAUGUACCUUAAGAGAAGCCUUUUAGUCCAGCAACAGAUACAGCUUAGGAUCUAGUUUCCGAGUGAAGAUCUUGCCUGUAUCUGUUUCGCCCCAGCCUAGGAAGACUGAAACGCAUUUUUCUCUGUGGCUCUGGAGGUCUAGCAGGGAGCCGGCAUACCUGGCGGCUGGGGGUCCAGCCUCUGACUCAGGGCCCAGCUUGCAGGUGUAGCACCAGCAGAGCACUCUCCCACCACUCCCGGAAAGUUGAGAGGUUUAAGGGCAUGUACUGAGCAUCUGGCCAGAAGUGCAGAAAGACUGAAUUUUGAGGAGAGCUGCCUUUAAAGGCUCAUGAAAUGAGCCUUUGCCGCCAACCACUGGGCAUGGAGGCCCAUCCUUUCUCCAUCCACAGGCUGUCGAGGUAUAAAAUUCUGGUGGGAUGGGGUGUGGAGAAAACACUGGAUGUUGUUCCAAAUCGACCCCUAAGUAGCAAGUGUUUCUGUUGACUGGAAUCUGUGUUGGGAGAGACCAUUCCAGGUGAGUGCCACGCCUUCAAAAGAAAGAUGGUGGCACUCAAAGUAAGGCUGAUUCUAUUUUGUUAGAAUUCACAAUGAUCCCCCAGAUAUCCUAUAAGCAUCACGUGUUCAGUAUGACUCUCCCUUCCCCCAAGUCCUCCCCCUCAGACUGACCCAUAGACUCCUUUUUUUAAAAGCAACAACCAAACUGCAGUGAUAUGCUUUGAAAGUAAACUGAGCCCAGGAUUCUGUGUUUUCUCCAGAAAAAUCAGUGUUUAUAACUAUUUCUAUAAUGUUUCUCUUGUGUGACUUCAGAGGAGGAGAAGGAGGGGGAGGCCCUGGGGUAAGAGAGGUUGGAGAAAGUUUUUAGAUUCCUGGGUAAAAGUAGAUUGAGAGCAGUAUUUAAUUCUCUAUCAGGAUUCUUUGGGAGAGAAGUGAGGUAUUAUCAAUGAUCUGAGCCUUUAAAGUUUCAAAUGUACAAGUAGACAGGAGAUUGGAGAGCUCUUGGGGGUGGUUUGUAUUAAGUAGGACAAGCGAUGGGCAAAGCCCGGUGCCCUUCGCCAGAGUUGCUUUUCUUAAAUAGCCCUGCAUUAUUGAGGCUGUUGGAGCCACCCGACCAAGCGCUGAAUCCCUGGCCCUUUGGGAACUGUUGUCCCAGAGGCUUGUCAGGACACUGGGCUAUCAGUGGGAAACUGCAGGAGGAGAUAGGGGCAAUAGUACACCCGCCAUCCCUUCCCGUGCCCCCCACACUUGGGGUUCCUCUUAGUUUGGUGUUUAGUCUAUGGAGUUUGGAAUAGAGGGCCUGCCUGCCUUGGGGUGUCCUAACCCUUUGAUCCACCAUGCUCAGUCCUACCCAGUUCUUUUGGGAGGGACACUUGAGGAGACCAGCAGAUGUAUACAGCCUCCAAAUCUCAUGUAUUCAACCAGUUACCAGAGCAGUCCUUCUAUAUAGCAUAAUAUCAGAAUGGUAGUUCUCUCAUUCAGAAUCUCCUGAUGUGUGUAAUCUUGAAAGGUUCAUUUCAUAGUUUCCUAUUGCCCAACCUUCUGUACAUAUUCAGCAAGGACAGUAAAGAGAAAUAAAGAUCUAGGCUUCUCACUAUACCAGUAGUUAUGUCUUACAAGUGACUUACUGAUAGCAUCGUGAUGCAGGUUUCCACAUCCGACUGCUCCAAAACAAGAUACUGUGCAUGCCUAAAAACUGGUAGGUUUUCUGAAGUGUUCGUGCAUUUGUAUUCUGCAGAGCCAGUUUCAAGUUUGCUCUUUUCCUUAUUGGUAAAAGAAGGAAAGACUGUGUGGAAAUCACGUCAACAGGGCACGAUUUACCUUGCCAGCUUUCAUUGUCCACUGACCUCGCGUGUGUUGCUAGCUCCUCAGAAUGUUGUUUUACUGCAGGAUAACCCUCAUCCAUUUCAGUCUGAUGCUAGGGUGGCAAAAUGGGAUUGACUUUCUCAGAAGGGCCAUUUUACAUUGUUUUCUGGAAACGUUUCACUAUUUUACAACUGGACCAAUCAUACGAACAAAUCAGACUGUCAAUGUUUGUGUCUCAAUUCCAGAAGCAUUUCAUUAAAGACGAGAUGAAUUCAAACAUCCGGGACUGAAAACUCGCCACUGUCCCAUCAAGAAAGUCCAAUGGAAAGUGGCCAGGGUGGGGUCCAGGUGUGUGGGAUCACAAGAUUGGGCUUGUCUCCCCUGAGCUUUCUCAUGUGAGCUGCGUGAUUGUCAAAACGCCUUCAGUCUGUACCUCAUAUUAUCCACUUUUGCUGAUUGUCAAACACUCUUUCCAAAAGAAAGGAAGGAGAAUAAAAUUGCAGUGUUCCUGCCCUGCCUUCCCCACA